AUGCUUCGAAUCGCUUUAGUUUGUUUGUUUGUACUACAGGUAAAAAGUGAUGAAACAUCCCUUCCUUCAAAAUGCAGGCAGUCGUUUAUCAUACCGAAAAAUCCUUUGAGUUGCUGCAUAAUUCCGUCACUGUAUAAAGACAAGGAUUAUAGCGAUUGCGGUAUAGAACGGAAAUUAGAUGAGGAUGGAAUCCUAGAAACUGGACCAUUUGAUAUACCUUGUGAGAAACAAACAUGUCUACUAAAGAAAAACAACCUUAUGAAAGAUGACACCAUUGUAGAUAAAGAAGCUUUCACUGCCUAUAUAGACACAUGGGCUGGUGGUAAUGAAGAAUUAAAAAAUGGAAUUGAAUUUGCUAAGAACAAAUGCAUUAAGGAAAUCCUGCCAGGGCCGAAAGGAUUAUGCGAGGCCAAUAAACUAAUCUACUGCAUUGUAACCGCUAUAUAUGACAAAUGUCCGAAUUGGAAAGAAACUGAUUUAUGCCAAAAAUUAAAAGAACGUAUUGAUGACUGU